AUGUAUAUGUGUUGCGUUUGCAAUGAAAAUACAAUUGAUGUGACGACAAGUUUGGGUGUAGUCAGGGGUCAAACAUCAGGACUCCAUGUAUUAAAUCAAAAAAUACAUCAAUUUUUAAAUAUACCCUACGCUGAGCCUCCUUUGGGAAGGUUAAGGUUCGCGCGUCCAUUACCCUUAAAAUCACCCAAAAAGGAAAUAAUAGACGCCACAAAACGAGGAAAUGCUUGCAUACAAAGAAUAUCAAUGCCUCCCUAUUUGUUUCAACGCAUAAAUAUCAGCGAAGACUGUCUGGUAUUAAAUAUAUGGACACCAAAUGGUUGUAAUAUAAACCAUAAUCAACGUAAAAGCAACCUUAAGGCAGUGAUGUUUAUGAUUCACCAUGGUGGACUAAGCGCUGGAUCAAUAUUUGUCGACAUUAAUAAUUUAAGCGUUUUGGCGGUCAAUGAUAUGGUUUUGGUUGCAAUUAACUACAGACUCGGGCCGUUGGGCUUUCUUUAUGGUAGCGACGAAACAACGCCCGGAAAUGUGGGCUUUUAUGACCAAUUGUUGGCACUCAAAUGGGUUAGGCAAAAUAUUGACGGGUUUGGAGGAGAUAGGGAUCGGAUUACCAUAUUUGGUAGCAGUGCUGGAAGUUGGUCGGUAUCCGCACACAUACUCUCCCCGUUAUCUAAAGGUUUAUUUAAAAGAGCUAUUAUGCAGAGCGGGGCUCUUAUUUACAACAAACUGCGUCCGGCCGUCAAUACUACUAAGGCAUUGAUCAAAGCCAAGACAUUAGCUCAACGAUUAAACUGUACGAAGUGUGGCGGCAAAUGGUUAGACUGUUUGCGGGCAAUCAACGAUUCCACAAUGUUUAUCGACAAAACCACAAACGCUAUCCUAACUAUAACUCGUCCGGUGUUCGGCACAGAGUUUCUUCCAUUAAUAGCCCAAAAAGCUUUUGAGACAAAUCUAUAUAAUUCGGAUGUUGAAUUGAUGGGGGGUUUGGCCAAAGACGAGGGAUCGCUGUCUGGUGUUUGGACUAUUCCAGAGUUAAACAAUGAAUUCACUGAACAUUUAUUUAGAAAAUUAAUCAAUAAAUUAAAUGCUGAAUAUUAUAACAUAGAUGUAAACAAAAUAACCGAUUAUUACCUAAAAAGUGUUAACAAAGCAAAUUCAGCACAACUGAAAGCAGCGUUCAUAGCAUUAUUGGGAGAUUUGUUCAUUACUUGUCCCACAUAUCAUUUUGCAAAAAAGUUCACCAAAAUUAAUACCAAUAUAGUAUACUAUUAUCGUUUCAAUCACGUUGCAAAAUUUUAUAAUCUAGUCAACCAAUGUGACGGUAAUGUUUGUCACGGCUCUGAAUUGGUGUUUAUAUUUGGAUUUUCACUUCAAUGUCCAAAAUUAGUGACAUAUAUUGAAUAUAAUUAUACCAUUGGAGUGAUGAAAAUUUGGGCCAAUUUUGCAAAGACGGGGUUCUUUACACUAUGGUGA